AUGUUGGAUCUAUCACGUAACUUUCUCUCCGGCUCCAUUCCAAAGUCACUUGAGACCCUUAAGUAUCUCACAUACUUUAAUGUUUCCUUUAACAAUUUAAGUGGUGAAAUUCCUUCAAGCAGCCCUUUUAGAAACUUCACUAGUGAAUUCUUCACUUCGAAUGCAGCACUUUGUGGAGCUCAAAGGUUCCUUGUCCCACCAUGCGUAAGAUUUUCACCUCAAAGUUUGAGAAACAAAAAGAAGUAUCUAAUAAUUCUUGUUCUAGCAGGGGUGAUACUAGUUUUAGGCGCCAUGUCCUUGGGAUUCAUUUACCUAAGAUAUCAAAGGAAAGAUAGAAGUCCCAUUGAAGCAUAUUUGUCGUUGGUUGCAACACAAGAAAGAAUCUCAUAUCACAAACUUUUACAAGCAACUGAUGGAUAUCAUGAAAAAAAUUUUCUGGGAAAAGGAGGCUUUGGAUCUGUUUAUAAAGGUACUCUCGAUGAUGGGAGGGUUGUGGCUGUUAAAGUGUUUGACUUACAAUUAGAAGGAGCAUUGAAGAGUUUUGAUGCAGAAUGUGAAGUAUUGCGAAAUCUUCGCCAUAGAAACCUCACUAAAGUCAUUAGCUUCUGCUCUAACCCUAACUUCAAAGCAUUGGUUCUGGAAUUUUUGCCUAAUGGAAGUCUUGAGAAGUGGUUGUAUUCCAGUGACCGUUUUCUAGAUAUUACACAGAGAUUGGACAUCUUGGUGGAUGUUGCUUCUGCACUGCAGUAUCUCCAUUACGAGUAUUCGACACCAGCAGUGCAUUGCGAUUUGAAGCCUAGUAAUGUCCUGCUUGAUGAAGAUAUGGUUGCCCAUGUAAGUGAUUUUGGUCUUACAAAGCUGUUGGCUCCAGAGGAGGGCAUUGCAAUAUUGCAUACCCCAAAACGCUAG